GACAUCCUGUGUCUGUGAAUUCACUUUUUUGUAGAAUGGAGUCUGAUGGGAGCCUAGAUCCUAAUACAGAUGACCUUCCACUACGAGCCAAUACCAGUCACAUGCUUGUCAAGCAUUAUGUGCUGGACCUGACUGUUAAUUUUGACAGGACAGUUAUCAGCGGUAGUAUCGUCCUCUUUCUGGAACCUGCACAUCAAGCGAGGACUGAGGUUGAGGAUACAACCAGACCUGCGCCCGGGGAAGCUCAGAAUAUUCAGACUUCAUCUUAUCAAUCUUUGAAUGAAGAUACAUUAGGGGAUGACACAGCAGCUUGUACUCAAAGUGCUCUUGGUGCACCAGCCAGAACUCUACAGGACAUGCAAUCUCAACUAAGGGACAGAAAAGGACUUGAGAAAUCUACAGAGAUGUUUGAGAAUCUCUCUGGUGCCAGAAAAAGUGAUGGGGUGGCAGUUCAAACUCUUUCUGGUGCAGGGCGUCAGCACAGAGCUGAAGCUGAGAAUGGUCAGUCUUUAAACUCUUUUGAAACCACGUCUGAAUGUGAUUUCACUUUGGUGUUGGAUUGCUGUGACCUUACUGUGUUAAAAGUUGAGGAGGUCAACACUACAUCUGUGCCAGGAAUGUCUAGCCUGCUAAACGAUGCUUCAGCUGAGAGGUUAAGCAUCAACCCAGUGUUCCAGCAAAGAACCCUUAUUCAGAAACUUAUCUCAAUGCCUUCUAACCAGUGGAGGCGGCAACACCAUCUGUUUUGGCAGUGUAGCCGAGCUCCUGGCACUCAGGAUGGGGACUGUUUGCAUUUUCAUAUGGACCGUUGGAGUCUGCAGGUGAGAAAACGUGGGAUAGCCUGCCCUCUGGAUUUCCCUCGAGCUCUGAGAAUCUGCUAUGAGACUAGUCCAUCAGGAGGCUCUAUAAGGUGGACCAAAGACCAGGAUGACGGGGUAUGUGUUUACACUGCCGGAUCUCCCAUCAACAACCGAGCCCUUUUCCCCUGCCAAGAGCCGCCUGUUGCCAUGUCAACAUGGCAGGCAGCAGUGCGGGCUCCCAGUGAGUGUGUGGUUUUGAUGAGCGGAGAGGAUCAGGUCAUACCUGUUGCGGACGGGGACCCACGUUUCUACAUCUGGAAUUACUAUGUCACUAUGCCUAUGCCUGCUUCCACAUUCACACUGGCAGUGGGCCACUGGUGUCAAGUCACAGCGGUCCUUCCCCCUACUGUGGAAAGUGGGGUGAAAGACGGGACAUAUGGCAAUACAGCUAACCCUGGCUCCGGUGCUGAGGCUGAGCUACUGCACAAACUUGGACGCUGCACCAGUGAACUACUCAAGAGCUCAACACUCCAGACUGGCAGCGGAGAUCAGACCACCUGCUCUGAUUCUGCAGGCUGUUCCUCUUCCCGUGAGGAUGAGGGUCUCUCUGUAACUGGUUGUUCAGGCAUGAUGGAUGAUGUCACCUCUUGUUCCCAUGGUGACUACCCUUGCCGCUUUACUGAGUGGUCAGCGCGGUCUCAGCGGGUGAUUCCACACCGUGUGUUUGCCCCAGUCUCUCUGCUUGAGAAAGCCCAGAUGGGAGUCCUCAAGCUUUUGCCACAAUGUCUGGCUGCAGCCUACACCAUUCUGGGAGUCCACCCCUUUCCUCGUCUUGAUGUUCUUAUUGUCCCAGCUGGGUUCUCCAGCCUGGGUAUGGCCAGCCCCCAUUUAAUUUUCCUGUCCCAGAGUGUGCUAUGUGCCAGCAGUCCCGGUGCUGGAGUGAAUAGCUCGUCUCUGUGUGGAUCCAGGCUGUGCCAUGAAAUCGCACAUUCCUGGUUUGGGCUGGUUAUAGGAGCCAGAGACUGGACAGAGGAAUGGAUCAGCGAGGGCUUUGCCACCUAUCUGGAGGACAUUAUCUGGGCACAAGCACAGCAGCUCUCCUUUCAAGAGACAGCAGAGCAGUCUGACUUGAAGGCACUGCUGAGGUGGAGACGACUCUGUGAUGAGUUGCAGAACUCGGAAGAAGAACUUCAGAUCCUCAGACCCAUCAUGGAGAACACUGGUCAGGUCAGCGAUUCUGGAUCCUCCACAGUUAAACAUGCCCUCAACCCUGACAAAACGUUUAUGCAGGUUCACUACCUGAAGGGCUACUUUCUCCUCCGGUUCUUGGCUAAUCAAGUGGAGGAGCAACAAUUCAUUGACUUUUUCAGGUUAUUUGUGAAGAAAUACCAUGGCCAACUCAUUUUGUCUCAGGAUUUUCUGCAAAUGUUGCUGACUACUUUUCCUGACAUGGUAAGAAAAGGCCUCACCCUCAGUGCUAUUUAUGCUGACUGGCUCGAUCAGCCGGGAAUUCCAAAGUGGCUGUAUGAGAGCAGUGCCGUGUGGUCACAGGCACGGCUGGUGAAAGAAGUCAAAGCGGAGGUUGCAAAAUGGAUUCUCCUCAGUCAGAGUCAUCAGGAAAAGGGCAGAAAGCGAAAAAGAGCAGAGCCCAAGGUGAACUACAAGGAGGUGACGUCAGAACAACUAGUGAUGCUAUUGGAGCUUUUGCUAGAGGAGGCUGAGCUUAGUGUGGGAACAAUGCGUGCACUGCAGAGAACAUACAACCUUCAGAAUCAAGACGCUGAGGUCCGACAUCGUUGGUGUGAGCUGGUGGUCAAACACGCGUAUGCUCAGGCUUAUGGAGCCGUGGAAAACUUCCUAGUUCAUGACCAAGCCAUGGGUGUGUAUCUGUAUGGGGAGCUUAUGGUUCAUGAGGACCCUGAACAGCAGGCUCUGGCUCGUCAUUGCCUCUCAUUGGUCCAACAAGAAAUGGACCAAUCAGCACGCAGAGUGGUGGAGGAGAUGGUUCUUUGACACUGGAGGUUGCCAAGUAUAUGCCAAAAUGAGAGAAGCUUGGCACGAGGGGGGCAAGAAGUGCAACUCAGCUCCAUUUCUUGGUAAGAGAGGAUGCAGCAAAAUCACUGAGCAGUGUGAACACCAGAAGGCUGCACUGGCAGGGUUUAGACCACAGUGCUUCUGUCUGCUCAAGUCAACAGGAAUUGUUGCCGUGUGAAAAUCACUAACAGCAGCAAAAACAUUCCCCACCAGCUCCCGUGCCACUGUCUGAGGAUUGUGGUGGACAGGUGUUUCUUAAAUGACAUCCUGAGCUGCUGCUUGAGUGAUUUUGUGUGUGUGUUCAUGUAUGUUUAGUCUGAUGCCAUGAUGUGGUUCUUCACAGUUUAGACUGGAAGCACUUUCAGGUGAGUUAUGUUUCAUACAUGACAAAUGACCUCAUUCUGUCCUGCAGUCACAGACGUAACUAAAAUAUACAACAGAUGAAACUGUGAGCAGUUCUUUAUGUGUGUGCAUGACACUUCUAUAACGGCUGUGUAAACAUCCAGCAAUGCUUCACUUUUGUUUUUUCUGUGAAAACGUUUUUGAUAUGUUCAUUUUAAAAUAAAGUGUGUUCAGUUUGA